UUGCUGUCAGGCGCUUCGUCGGCUGCGCGGGGCCUUCGCUCCUUCUCGCCGUCCCGGGAGGGGAGCUCCGUGAUGGGGCUGGGCGGCCUCUUCCCCGCUAGCUGCCUCGCCGCUCGUGGCCCUCCGGGAAGCCGUUAAUUAAGCUGCGGCACCGGUGCCGCUCCGCCCUUCACUGCACUGAGGUAACUCUAGAAGAAACGGUGGAAGUCCUUGAAACCUAAUUUCUGGAGUGCACACAAGAGCCCAUCAAAAUGUCAGGAGCUUCUGUAAAAGUGGCUGUCCGGGUCAGACCUUUUAAUUCCCGAGAGACCAGCAAAGAGUCCAAAUGCAUAAUCCAAAUGCAAGGAAACUCCACCAGUAUUCUGAACCCAAAGAACCCUAAAGAAACACCAAAAUCCUUCAGCUUUGACUACUCAUACUGGUCCCACACCUCGUCUGAGGAUCCUUGUUUCGCAUCUCAAAAUCGUGUAUACAAUGAUAUUGGGAAAGAAAUGCUGCUCCAUGCCUUUGAAGGCUACAACGUCUGUAUCUUUGCAUAUGGCCAAACCGGAGCCGGUAAAUCUUACACCAUGAUGGGGAAGCAGGAGGAGAACCAGGCAGGGAUCAUCCCACAGCUCUGUGAAGAGCUCUUUGAGAAGAUCAACGACAACAGCAAUGAGGAAAUGUCUUACUCUGUGGAGGUCAGUUACAUGGAGAUCUACUGUGAGAGAGUUCGAGACUUGCUGAACCCCAAAAACAAAGGGAAUUUGCGGGUCCGGGAGCACCCACUACUUGGACCUUAUGUAGAAGACCUGUCCAAACUUGCUGUCACUUCUUACACUGAUAUUGCAGACCUCAUGGAUGCUGGGAAUAAAGCGAGGACGGUGGCAGCUACGAACAUGAACGAAACCAGUAGUCGCUCUCAUGCCGUCUUCACAAUAGUUUUCACUCAGAAGAAACAUGAUGUUGAAACCAACCUUUCUACUGAGAAGGUUAGCAAGAUCAGUCUCGUAGACCUUGCCGGGAGCGAGCGAGCCGACUCUACUGGUGCCAAAGGGACUCGAUUGAAGGAGGGAGCAAAUAUCAACAAGUCGCUGACCACGCUGGGGAAGGUGAUUUCGGCCUUGGCGGAAGUGAGUAAGAAGAAGAAGAAAACGGACUUUAUUCCAUACAGGGAUUCUGUGCUGACGUGGCUGCUCCGGGAAAACCUAGGUGGCAACUCCAGAACUGCCAUGGUGGCUGCUCUGAGCCCAGCAGACAUAAACUAUGAUGAAACAUUGAGCACAUUAAGGUAUGCAGAUCGAGCAAAGCAGAUCAAAUGCAAUGCAGUGAUCAAUGAGGAUCCGAAUGCCAAGUUGGUGCGGGAGCUGAAGGAAGAAGUCACCCGGCUCAAAGAUCUACUUCGCGCUCAAGGGCUUGGGGACAUUAUUGACAUUGAUCCAUUGGAUGAUUUCUCUGGAAGUGGAGGCAAAUAUCUGAAAGAUUUUCAGAACAAUAAACACAGAUACUUGUUAGCCUCCGAGAAUCAACGUCCUGGCCAUUUUUCCACAGCAUCCAUGGGCUCCCUCACUGCAUCUCCAUCUUCCUGCUCUCUCAGUAGCCAGGUGGGCCUAACUGCGGUCUCCAGUAUCCAAGAACGGAUCAUGUCUACGCCCGGAGGAGAGGAAGCCAUUGAACGUUUGAAGGAAUCUGAGAAAAUCAUUGCAGAGCUGAAUGAAACAUGGGAGGAGAAAUUGAGGAAGACCGAAGCAAUUAGGAUGGAGAGAGAAGCUCUGUUAGCUGAGAUGGGGGUUGCCAUCCGAGAAGACGGAGGCACCCUCGGCGUCUUCUCACCGAAAAAGACACCUCAUCUCGUAAACCUGAAUGAGGAUCCCCUGAUGUCAGAGUGCCUACUUUAUUACAUCAAAGAUGGUAUAACUAGGGUUGGCCAGGCGGAUGCAGAACGACGCCAAGACAUUGUCCUGAGUGGAGCUCAUAUCAAAGAGGAGCACUGCAUCUUCAGAAGUGAGAGGAACCCCAACGGCAGUGUGAUUGUUAGCCUAGAACCGUGUGAAUGCUCAGAAACCUAUGUCAAUGGCAAGAGGGUGGUGCAGCCUGUCCAGCUGCGUUCAGGAAAUCGCAUUAUUAUGGGCAAAAACCACGUGUUCCGCUUCAACCAUCCUGAGCAGGCAAGGGCCGAAAGAGAGAAGACGCCGUCGGCUGAGACUCCCUCCGAACCUGUCGACUGGACUUUUGCCCAGAGAGAAUUGCUGGAGAAACAGGGAAUUGAUAUGAAGCAGGAGAUGGAGAAAAGACUUCAAGAGAUGGAGAUUCUGUACAAGAAGGAGAAGGAAGAAGCAGAUCUCUUACUGGAGCAGCAGAGGCUGGAUGCAGACUCUGAUAGUGGGGAUGACUCGGACAAGCGGUCUUGUGAGGAGAGCUGGCGGCUGAUUACUUCCCUGAGAGAGAAGCUGCCCCCCAGCAAGUUACAAACCAUUGUUAAAAAAUGUGGCCUCCCCAGCAGUGGAAAGAAACGAGAGCCCAUAAAAAUGUAUCAGAUACCUCAGCGCCGGCGGCUUAGCAAAGACUCCAGAUGGGUCACCGUUUCAGACCUGAAGAUCCAGGCCGUAAAGGAGAUCUGCUACGAGGUAGCUCUCAACGAUUUCCGGCACACGCGGCAGGAGAUUGAGGCCCUGGCCAUCGUGAAGAUGAAAGAACUUUGCGCCAUGUACGGGAAGAAGGACCCCAACGAGCGCGACUCGUGGCGCGCCGUGGCCCGAGACGUGUGGGACACCGUGGGGGUGGGCGACGAGAAGAUCGAAGAUAUCCUGCUCAGCGGGAAGGGCAUCGCUGACGUGGACGACCUCAAGGUCCAUAUCGACAAACUUGAAGAUAUUCUGCAAGAGGUGAAAAAGCAGAACAACCUGAAGGACGAAGAGAUCAAGGUCCUCAGGAACAAAAUGCUCAAGAUGGAGAAGGUUUUGCCGCUGAUGAGCUCCCAAGAACCGAAAGGGCCGCCCGCCACGGCCGCCACGAAACUGAAAGAGGCCACCGGUCUGGCAGAUGCAGACGAAAACGUGAACCACGGUGGGAGAAGCAGCUCCAUGAAGGAGGACCGGGUUUCCCAGUUAAUGGAGGAGGACCCUGCCUUCCGGCGCGGGAGGCUGCGCUGGAUGCGGCAAGAGCAAAUCCGGUUUAAGAACCUGCAGCAGCAGGAGAUCGCGAAGCAACUCCGCCGGCAGAACACGCCGCACCGCUUCAUCCCCCCCGAGAACCGUAAGCCCCGUUUCCCCUUCAAAAGCAACCCGACCCACAGGAACUCCUGGAGCCCGGGCACUCACAUCAUCAUCACCGAGGACGAGGUCAUUGAAGUGAGGAUCCCCAAGGAGGAGGAGGAGGCGGCGGAGGAGGCAGGCGAGCCCAAAGCCCUGCCUGCCAAAGCCCCCGCGCUCCCCAAGGACUCUCCUCCGCCCGGGAGCGGGCCCGGGCCGCAGAAGGCUCCCGAUCAGAUCCAGAUCAAGAGGCAGCCCUUGAAUGCGCAGCCCCCGCCCCGCCACCUGCAGCCGUACCCCUCUGCCCCCGUGCGCUGGAGGAGCCAUUCCCUCAACAGCCAGCAGAGGGGCUUCCGGCGCCAGACGUCGGACUCCUCCGCCGAGUCCUUGCCCUCCCCGGGUGCAAGCCCCAGCCAAGACCUGCAGGCGUUCCACCAGAGGCGCCACGUGCACCAGCACUGGCAGUCUUACUGCGCUGACCGCGGCCCCACUGCGCACCCCGAGAACGGCGCAGCCGGUGGUCGAACGAGACAGGCAGAUCGGCCGAGCCCCUGCAACCAGUUUGUGACCCCUCCGCGCAUGAGGCGGCAGUUCUCUGCCCCCAAUCUCAAAGCCAGUCGAGAAACGACCGUUUGACUUCCCAGAGGGCCGAGGAGAGAGAGCUGUGCCAAUCCUGAAGGGGUGGGAUGGGGUGGCGUGGGGAGUGUCUUGUCGCAGCUGACCUUGGGCUUCGAAAGAGGACGUGUGCAGUUAGUGAUCUACACGCAAAGCACAAGACCGCACAUUUUCUACCUGUCUGUUACUGCCUGUGAAACAUUUGGGAAUGGUGUUUUUAAAAAAAAAAAAAAAAUUGCAGAAUUCUCUUACUUUGGCCUUGAGAGAAGGCCACUACGUAAGUUUGGGAAUUGUCAGUGUAUCGUCUUUUUUAGGGGAAAAGCAAUGAACGCAAAUGGGAAUACCUGUAGGGACAUUUUAACCCACAUCUGUGUGGCCCGUUGGACAAUCAACAAGACCGAUCUGCUUGGUCUUGACAGCGACCUGCACAGCCUUUCACUUUAGAUGAAAGAGCCUGACCUCGAGCGGCGGAUUGAAUUCCUCCGCGUCUUGGGUUUUUCAUUUUCAUAAUCCAUGUUGUAGAAGUCACCCCUAAAGCUUUGGAACUGGGGCAGAUGAGGAAGACAGGGCAACUCGUUCUUCUUAAGUUCUCAUUUGUGUUACGGGGGCGUAUCCUAAAACACGCCGGAGAGCAGGAAAUUUUACUGCUUUUGGGGGUAAUGGGAAGGGGAGAGACACGUGCUAGGUGUAAGGAGUCGGAUCUCCAAAAGAACAGGGAACCUGCGUGGCUCCAAUUGUUUCUUCCUAGGUUCCCUCUAGGUUCCCUCUGACCGACAGGCAGUUUAUGAUGCCCAUCCAGUCACAGGCAGGACUCUCUUAAGGACCUCUUUGCGCGUGCAGUGACCCCCUCCUCCUCACAAAACAGAUGCCAGGCUGUUUCCGCCCUCGGCUCAAGAUGCCCCCACAUUGGAAAGCUUUUCCAUUUGCCAAUCUAUUCUAGGGGCUUCAGCAACUCCACAAACUGGCAAGUAGGUUUGUCUGCAGGAACGCAGAACCCGGGGCAAGCAGAAGCCGCGGGCAGGGACUAUCAGUGUAUGUGACAGUCACAUAUGUAGAGAGGGGGAAUGAACAUAUUCUGUAAAGAAAGGUCCUGUUGUUUUUCUUCUGCAAAAACAAGCCUUUUGGUGGCGUUUCCAACGAGGAAGGUCCAGCGUGAGUUGUCAGAAUCUCCAUGAACUUGGAACAUUAUUCUCCUACUGGGUUAAAGCGUUCCCCUUUAAAAAAAGGGCAUGUACAUUAAAAAGUACAUUUGAUUUUGAAGCCCAGCUGGAGCUAAACCUUUUCGCGGUCUGUUUCAGUGGGGAGGGAAGUCUUUUUCCUGCCUGUUUCAUAGUCAGAAGAACAAUUUGCUCGACGUAAAGGGAGCAAAGAGUUUCAGGCCUGUGAACAACGGGAACUCUCUCAUGUAGAAUAGGGUUUCGCCAGAGAGAGGGGAGUGGAGCAAUGUCUGAUCCUCACAUGUUAAAUGAGCGAUUCAGGAAAGAAUACAAGAGUUUUAUUAUUUUUUUAAAGCAAGCAUACUUGUCUCUCUCCCCUCCAAUUCUAUGCUCAAUCCUAUUCAUACCUGUUAAAGAGAAUUAGGAGGAGAAUUUGUUCUUGAACAUCAACCCGGGAAGCUGAGAUGGCUAGUGAAAUAUCGGGGGUGGGAGGAGCUGAGGAUCCCUGAUCCUGUACUGUGCUGCUGUUUCAUUUCAGUUUUCUUGGCCCCACUCCACCCCCUGGCUCCCUUUCAAGUUCAGCUCCUCUGUGGAGAUCAGUUGAGCAGAUCCACCAAAGGUGUGAGUAUCGCCCUGCUCAGCUCACCGCAGCUGUUGUCUUUGUGUUAUGGAGAAAUUGCUCCUGAAGCUGUUUUAAAAGUCGGUGUAGGGGUGGGUGGUGGGUGGGGAAGGUCUUCCAUCCCUGAUUCCCCUCCUUCACAUUGCAGGGCCUACUCCUCAAUAAGUCCCAUUGAACUGACUGAGAUCUUUUCUCUAUCAACGACCACAGGAUUGUAGCUCAUCCUCUUUCUUCCAAGGAGAGGGCUUCUGUUUUAACAAUGUCAUUUGGUGAUUUCACGGAAAUGAGGGUUGAACGGCAAGCAUUCAUUUUUGAGAUGGCCUUACUAAUGGUUAGAUUGGACAGCAGACAACAGAGGAAGCUGUGCCUGCUUUCUAAAUUCUCUUUUCAUUCUUUCCCUCUCUCUCUCUCUCAAUCGUCAUCCUCAUCCUCAUUUUAACUGGCCUUAAUUAAGGAAUCUAUCCAAGUUUGUACGGAAAGUAUUUGCGUUCCUCAAAAUAGAUUCAGCUAGAUUCUUCAGCCCGUUCUGUGCCUUCUUCUCCUUCUUGAUUGUUAAGCAAGAUAGAUAGAGAGAUAGAUAUAUUUUAAUGCUCUAGUUAGGUUGCCUUUGAAAUAAUUUCAGAAGCUUCUGGGUGUGAACCUAUUCAUGAUUACUGUAAAGGAGAAAUUGUUUCUUCCAGUGAGGUGAUGGAAUUGAAAAAUCUGUCCAUCUGUUGUUUUUAAGUGGUUUUGAUUAUUUUGUUGUUGUUUUUUAAAGAGGGCAAGCCUGCAUUUUGUGAAAAGCAGAAUUGCUCAUGCUUUUUAACAAGUCAUUUCAAUAAACUACAAAAUAUUCUUCUUAAGUCUGUCAUGUUGUUUUGGUUGGGAAGUAAAAUGCCAGCUU